CCACUGCUCCACCCAAUUGCUUGGCGCCCUUCUGUCCACGCCACGCCACGAAUCCCUUCUUGCGUUAACUCUCUUCGUUCCCAGUGGAAAUUGCUUUGGCAACGCACAAUUUCCCACAAAAUUAUGAAAUCAUAUAUUAUGUCUCUGUUUUCAUAUUCGUUUUAGAGAACCCAAUUCAUGUUUCUCUUCGAUUUCAUUCUGAUCAACGAUUCAACAUACAACAACCGCCUCAAUUUUCUUUCUCAUUCAUUCAAAUUCGUCGACCCAUCUUUCCCAUUAAUUUGGGGACUCCAACAGCCAAAAAGUCAUAUUUGCAGAGAGGAAGAUAUGGUGGGUUUGAAGCCGGAUUUACCCUCUUGGACGAGUUGCUCAUCGACCCGGGUUGAGUUUGAGGGAAAUGUUUCUUCUGUAUCGGCUUCCAUCUUCAGAAGCGGCAAAGAAGGCUCCUCGGAGCAGCCUCACCGUCUCUCUGAUGCCAAUUUGAGUUUUGGAGAAAGAUCCCUUUCCGCCGCUGGAGCCGCCGUUGUUUCUGCCAUUCUCGUUAAUCCCCUCGACGUUGCCAAAACAAGGUUGCAAGCACAAGCUGCUGGAGUUCCUUAUCAAGGGCCAUGUCGGAUGACAAGCUUAGAAUCGAAUACGGUGAUUCCUAAUUUGAGAUGUUCAUCAGUAUCGAGCUCACGUUCUCUUGUUGGCCUCGAACCUAAUUGUUCUCCAGAGUGCAACCGGUACACAGGAACAUUUGAUGUAUUCAACAAGGUUAUUCGUCAGGAAGGUUUUGGGAGGUUGUGGCGAGGCACAUAUGCAAGCUUAACUCUGGCUGUGCCAACCGUUGGGAUCUACAUGCCUUGUUAUGAUAUCUUCCGCAAUUUGAUGGAAGAUUUUACCACCAAGAAUGCUCCGAAUUUGACUCCAUAUGUUCCGUUAGUUGCAGGAUCAACUGCCCGCUCGUUAGCUGUUAUAUCAUGUUACCCUGUUGAACUUGCGCGGACUCGAAUGCAGGCAUUUAGAGAAAAACAAACUGGCACUAAGCCUCCAGGAGUAUGGAAGACGUUGGUUGAGGUUGUCAACCCUAUUAGGGGUAAUCGCCUUCAAGAUUUACAGAACUACCGUCUCUUAUGGACUGGCCUUGGCGCUCAACUUGUUCGAGAUGUUCCAUUCUCUGCUAUCUGUUGGGCAACACUUGAGCCUUUGAGGAGGAAAAUUCUAGGCCUAGUUGGUGAGGAAGCCAGUGCAGCAAGUGUGCUUGGUGCAAAUUUCUCUGCUGGCUUUAUUGCUGGAAGUCUUGCAGCUGCUGCAACAUGUCCACUCGAUGUCGCUAAAACUCGAAGGCAAAUCGAGAGAGACCCUGAAAGGGCAUUGAAUAUGACUACAAGAACAACUCUGGCAGAAAUUUGGAGGAAUGGAAGAAUCCGAGGCAUGUUUACAGGAAUUGGUCCCCGUGUCGGUCGUGCUGGUCCCUCUGUCGGGAUAGUCGUCUCCUUCUACGAAGUUAUGAAGUAUGCUUUGUAUCACAGACACCCAAAAGAAACGAUGAUUGAAUAGAGGGGAAUCACUUGGUAUGCCCCUAUGUAAUUCUCAAGAAAUCUCCUUUCCUCAGAUUCAUUAGGCCGAAGACGUUUGGAUGGCUAGACAGCAACUUCUAAGGAAAUAAAAACCGGAUUUUUUUUUUUUUUUGGUUUCCCCCUCUCAUAGUAAAUCAACCCCGAUCUCAAUCUUAUAUUGUCCAUUUUUUUCACCAAACAUUUUGUUCAAUCACAAUUUUAGAUGUACAUCGAGGAGAUGCUUUAUACUUGUAAUUUAAGUAGAUAAAUCGAUUUUCAGUAGAAUUUGGAUAAAUAAAUAAAUAGAAAUAAAUUAUUUUGUC